AGUCGAGUCAGUGCAAGCCAACCCUUCAUCAAGCCCUGACCAAUGUAACGAACGUCGACGGUAUACACUUUGAAAACAACGCGCCACGCGACUACGGAAUGCCCAAAUAAUCAACAAGUAUCACCGUGAAUUGUACACAUUCCCUCCAAUAAAAAUGGGACAAUUAUCGUUUUAUUUUUUUGCCGCGAGUGUUACCGUGGUGUGUGCAUACUCUUGGCCAAGUGAAGAAACCACAACGCGAAGUUCGCAAUUCAAAGAUUUCCAUACGGAUCCGCUGGUAGUUGAAACUAGUAGCGGUUUAGUGCGUGGUUAUUCAAAGACAGUUCUAGGACGCGAAGUACAUGUUUUUACGGGCAUACCAUUCGCGAAACCGCCUGUCGAUCAGCUCAGAUUUAAGAGACCCGUGCCCAUAGAUCCUUGGCAUGGGAUUCUUGACGCCAACAAGUUGCCCAAUUCGUGCUUUCAAGAACGGUAUGAAUAUUUCCCGGGUUUUGAGGGCGAAGAAAUGUGGAAUCCUAAUACAAAUAUUUCCGAAGAUUGUCUCUACUUGAAUAUAUGGGUCCCCCAACGUCUGCGCGUUAGGCAUCAUAAUGAUAAGAACAUAGAAAGGCCCAAAGUACCGGUUUUGAUUUGGAUUUACGGGGGAGGCUACAUGAGUGGGACCGCUACUUUAGAUAUUUACGAUGCAGACCUAAUUGCAUCAACAUGUGAUGUCAUUGUAGCUUCUAUGCAAUACCGUGUUGGCUCUUUCGGCUUUUUGUAUCUAAAUCGAUACUUUCCUCGCGGAAGCGAAGAAGCUCCAGGAAACAUGGGUCUCUGGGACCAAAUAUUAGCUAUACGUUGGAUAAAAGAAAAUGCGGCCGCUUUUGGCGGAGAUCCUGAGCUUAUAACACUGUUCGGAGAAUCCGCUGGAGGUGGUUCUGUUAGCCUCCAUUUAAUAAGCCCUGUUACAAAAGGCUUAGCUCGACGAGGUAUUCUCCAAUCAGGAACUAUGAAUGCACCUUGGAGUUACAUGAGUGGUGAACGCGCUGAGGAAAUAGGAAAAGUCUUGAUUCAAGAUUGCGGUUGCAAUGUUUCGGUACUUGAGAGCAAUCCUCAACAGGUGAUGGAUUGUAUGAGAGCUGUUGAUGCGAAAACAAUUUCUUUGCAACAAUGGAACUCAUAUUCGGGUAUUUUGGGAUUUCCGUCAACGCCUACUAUAGAUGGUGUACUUAUGCCGAAGCAUCCAAUGGAUAUGCUGGCUGAAGGUGACUAUGAAGAUAUGGAAAUUCUUCUAGGAAGUAACAGAGAUGAAGGAACAUAUUUUCUACUCUACGAUUUCAUCGAUUUCUUUGAAAAAGAUGGUCCAAGUUUCCUCCAAAGAGAAAAAUAUCAUGAAAUUAUUGACAGGAUAUUCAAAAACAUGAGUCGACUUGAAAGAGAUGCAAUCAUAUUUCAGUACACCAAUUGGGAGCAAGUGCAUGACGGUUAUUUAAACCAAAAAAUGAUCGGAGAUGUGGUAGGUGAUUAUUUCUUUAUAUGUCCUACGAACGACUUUGCGGAAUUGGCAGCUGAAAGGGGAAUGAAAGUUUAUUACUACUAUUUCACUCACCGCACAAGCACAUCUUUAUGGGGUGAAUGGAUGGGAGUAAUGCACGGUGACGAGAUAGAAUACGUAUUCGGUCACCCUUUAAAUUUAUCACUGCAGUUCAACUCAAGAGAGAGAGAAUUGAGUCUGAAGAUAAUGCAAGUGUUUACGAGAUUUGCUGGGACAGGGAAACCGGUGACGGACGAUGUGAACUGGCCUCUGUACACUAAAGAUCAACCUCAGUACUUCAUCUUCAACGCUGACAAGAACGGUAUAGGUCGAGGACCGAGAGCGACGGCAUGCGCUUUCUGGAACGAUUUCUUGCCCAAGCUUCGAGACAAUUCAGGUUCGGCUGAAGCCCCUUGCGUUAAUACUUACAUCAGUAACAUGGCAUCCACCUCAGAAAGAAAACUGUCGUCAACACAUCAUUUGAUCUUGCUUUUACUGAUGUGGAUUUUUGCACAACUUGGUGCUCUUUAAAGGACAAACUGUUAAUAUACAUGAAGAUAGUUACACACAUAGUAGAAAGAGCUUGUGACACAAUGUAUUUUUAAAAAAGGAAUAACAAAAACCAUUUUUUGGUAUUAAUUAGGACAAAAUCAAUGUGAUUGUAUACGCAUGUAUUGGAGCAAUGCUUGAUAGGAUGAUGAAGACAUUGCUCGAAUAAAGAUGUAGUAUUUUAUUUUUAAGAGGUGACUUUACUGUCGUUGAUAAACGACUUGGUUCAUUUAUUAGCGCUUACGACCUAAUACAAAUUAUAGGUCGUUUUGUGUGUUGUGGUCAAAAAUUGAUUUGUUGAAUAUCUCUGCUAUUAAGUGUAAGAUAAAUGUUGAUGUUAUUGAUAUAUAUUAUAUAUGCAUUCGGUUACUACGUGUAUUUGUUGAAAUACUUAGUAUCAGAAUAUCUCAUAAAAUGUAUUGGCAUAUAAUUUAAUAAAUCACUUAUAAUCUACAUCUAUAUUUCAAAAUUUGAAAUUCACUUCAAUUGCUGUCACUUCCCGUAUACUAAAAUGUUCAAUCUUUGGCUUUUUCCAAGGAAAGUUGUCGUUUAUUACCCUUGCGUAUAAAAUUAGUACUGAAAAUAAUGAUCUCAUUUAGAUGCCUUUUUAUCAGCGUUGCGUUGAUUUUCUGUUUUUCAAUAUCUUUUAGUUAUAUUAAUUCAGAACUUUUAUAAGUUUGUCUUAAUAUAUAUAUACAAUUAAUUAUACUUUUUCUAUAAAGGAUUGAACUCAAUUAACUUUUUUUCAUAAAUGCGAGUCAACCAAUUAUUUCAAAAUCGAUAUAGAGAAACAGUCCAUAAUUCCAUAGUCAUAAAUUGUAUAUGCAAUGUUUCUAUAAUUAUCUAGUUCCCUUAUAUACUCUGUAUCGUAACCAGAUAGAUGUACUAGACUAUUUUCAUUCAUUAUUCAACAUAUUUUUAAUAGAGAACUCUAUAAAGAGAACAUUUCAAAUUGCACCUGUCUAUUUUCGAAUUAAGACCAAGACAUCACUAGCUAUAGUUACAUUCAAGAAAGAGUUUUAUUUGUUCCAAUUCUACUGAGUAUCGUUAUUCUAUGUAUCUAUCUAUCUAUUUAUCUCGAUUUUUCAAUACACCUCCUGAUAAAAUAAAAAGAAGAACAACUUGCCUAAUAAAAGAUGUAGUGUAUUUAAAGUAUGUCUAUUUUAAAAAAGAAAAACGAACAAUGAAAAUAUGAUAUAAAAAUAAGUUACCUAUAUUGAAAAAAUAUAUGCCUGCUUUCAAAUUAAUCGAAAAUAUGGGUAGUUAAUGCCUUCAUAUCAGACAAAUAUUCAAUCAAAUUUUGACUACUAAUAGCUAUAAUUGUACCAAUAUUACAAAAAAAAAAACUAGUAAAUGAACUGAGUCGUUUCCUUGAAGAUAUCAUGGCUAUACUUUGUAGCAAUUCUAUACUUAUAAAGAUUGUCCCAUACUAUUACAGAAUAGCAAAAUAUUUUGUGAUAUAUUUUGCUUUUACUUAUUUUCCUUUAGUUAAAUUCACUACCAUUUUCAAUAAAGUAACUCGGAUGUGUAGGUCCUGAUGAGCAAUUAUAUUUUUCGGAACUGGCUCAAAUAGGAAAUGGAAUUGUGUUGAAAAUACAUACUUCUUUAGUUCUACUAUUCCAAUUUUUAGGAGGAAAGUUUAUCUGAACCUCAUUGAUUAAGCUUCUGCAAUUGAAAAAGAACUUUCUGCUUCUUUUACUUUUCUUCGUUGCUCUCAUGCAAAUUAAUUGAGAGAGGCAUUAGAAUAUCAACAGAGAUAUGAGAUAGGAAACUUUGUACUAUAAUCAGCUCAAGUUCAAGUUUUGUAACUGUAAUAACUGAAAUAACUUAUACUUGAGGUAACUUAUGUUAACAGUGGCUCUUCUAAUCAGACACAGUAUCUGUUUUUUUUUUGCAGAAACUUUGUACACUAUUACUCCAGUUCUAAGUUUCUCGAAAUAAAUACUUUCUUUCUUCUGAAGAAUUCACAGUAAUUAGAAAAAACAACACACUCUGUUGAGAUACAGGAUAUGACGAGAUAUUGGUUAUGGUUGUAUUCAAAUAAUAAUUGAAUUGUCAGGAAAUCCUAUAUUUUUGAAAUAUAAAUAUAAUAAUAGGUCGUAAUUGCGGUUAAAGGAAUAUUAAAGAAAAUAUUUGAAAUUACAAAAUCUCAAGUGGACAGAAAGUAUAGAUUGAUUCAUUUGUCUUAUCAAAAUUAGAAAACAAUAAUAGGCAUAUUGCUUUCACAAUAAUCCACAAUAUAAUGAUAAUUCUAAGAAAUUCGGUAUUAGAAUUAUUUUUAGUUGGGACAAACUUUAUAAAAAUUUGGUAGUUAAUAACGACAGAGAAUUUAACUUUGAUCCUAGUGAGCUUUCAAUAACAUGAUAUAUAAAGUGAAUUUCCAUCAAGAAUAACUUGAAAAGUAUUAAUUUUAAUUUGCUUAAAGUAUUGACGUAUCCAUUCACUACUUACCAAUAUCCAAUUUCAUAAUUAAACAGAAGUUGAAUUCUUCCUGUUCCAUUUUCAGAGAAAUAAAAUUAAGUAUUUCAAUAUGAUGAAUUGGAAUGAAAGAAGAAUUAUCUAACAUCUAAUACUAUUGCAAUAAUAACCAUACAAUUCAAAUAAUUAUUGAGAUAUUUUAUGUGGAAUUCUCGAUACCCAACACCGUCAAUAAUCAUAUUUAUUUUACAAAGUCAUGAGUAAAAUAUUAAACAUACUUGUUUCAAUGCCGUUUACUGACAAUAUAAAUUAUGUCCAUUCAGCCAGCGAGAUAGAAAUAAUGUUUUUAUAUAUAGAUCCUCUCUAUAGCGUUUACGCCAUGCGGUGCAUAAUCUCCAUUUCUCUCGAUAUUCCGAAUCCCCUGUCCUGAGAUCUCUCGUCGACAUUACCUUGCUCUCUCCUUUUAUCCAGGUCAUUUUCGGUUUCCUUAUUUUCGACCGUUCCAGUGGGUUCCAAUUCAUUAUUUGUUUUAGUAUUCCUUACUUACUUAUCCUCUACACAUGAACACCCCAGCUGAGUUGCUUUUCCUGUAUAUUGUCCAGCAUGUUUUUAAUAUUGAAAAUAGCUGAAACAAUUUUAGUCUGUUAACCGAAGUAAGUAAUUUAUUAUGUCACAUUUCAGUUUCACCUUGGAGAUUGUAUUAAUGUCUCUCAUGAACAUUUAGUUAUAAAUAGUUGCUUCUAUUUCCGAAAUAGCAACAGGAUUUUAUGUGAAAACUAACAUUUAAAUAGUGGUGUGUUUAUCCCACUUCAGAUCUUUUUACGUUUGGAUUACACACAUUAAGAAUUAAUAUUUCAUUAUACAAAUUGAUAUCAUUCAAAUAUCGGAUUGGGUGUGGUAACUGCUUUGCACUAUUCAACCUUUCUCAAGGCAAAUUUCUUAGUUGAUGGUUACCGCGUUUAUUGGAGUAUUAUGAACAAGUUGUUAGUAUCUGGUUAACUGUCAGUGAAAUUUUGCAGUAUUGCUAUUUGGGAGGAGGAAGUAUGUCCUGCGGUUUGCGCACAACUGAGUCUCUACGACUUAUAGAAGGUAGGUCGAUGGCCCUUUGAAUUUCAUGUAGCUUAGUAUUGCAACACAGUGAUAUGCCCAUUGGUCGCGUAUGGAACGUCUCAUACUAGUUACGAGAUCAUUGUGAAUUUGUAUCGAGUCACGCCGUCGAAACUUAUUUUGCAGCAUGAUCUGCUAGUUUAUUCCCGUGUAAUCCAGUGUGAGACGAUAUCUAAAUUGAAGUAAUGGUAAGACCAAAGCUUGCGGCGUUCAAUAGAGUCAUGAAUAUUCUGAAUAAUUGGAAUUCAAAGCUUGGAGGGUUAGAUUAUUCUUAGAGAUAUAUUGUUAACAUAAUUUGGAGUUUUCGAAUCAGUUUUACUAGCUGACAUGUAAAUGAAGCUUCCAUAAUUUAAUUUGGAACGAACGAGAGAUUUGAAUGGUUUCCAUUGAAGGUGAGCCAAUGUUUUAAAUGUUUAUGCGUAUCACACAAUUCUUUUCUAUUUCUUUGACAGGAUCCUUCCAGGUUAACCUAAGAUUGAAGUUAAAAAUUUUAUAGAGUUACACAGCGGAAGAUAUCCAUUAUUUUACUGUAUGUUGUUGCUUUAAUGGAUUUAAUUAUUUUUUGUUUGGCGGCUGAGGAGUAACAACCUGUUGAAAAAAGAAUUUGAGAUUAAGUCGAUUUACUGCUUCCUCGAUUAAGAUACAUGUGGUUUGGUUAUUUUUAAGCUGCAAAAGAUGAUUAGAUCUUUUGCGUAUGCAGAGAUCUGAAUAGGGGGUCAUAUCAGUCAUGACUAUUAUGAAGAGCGUUGAACUCAAGAUGGAAUCUUGGGGCACGCUAUUAUCGCGUUAGUGUUUCGAGGAAAUUUGACCUUUAAUGGACAACUGGAAUGAUCUAUCAGUUACUUUGAAAAUUGUAAUUUCUCAGUUCAUCAUUGUUGAUUCUGAUAGUGUAUCAAAGGAACUUUUAAUAUCGAGUGCAAUAGCUACAACAUCCUUUUUUUAGAGGCGAGAGUCUGCAUUGAAUGUUUGUAGAGGGGCAAGAUUGUUCACAGUACAGCGGUGUGGUCUGCAUCCCGACUAAGCUGGAUUAAUAAUUUUUUCCCCAAAGUAUUCUUCAUUUUUUCCAUCAGUUUACAUAUUGUACAUGUAAAGGGAUGGAACUAUAUGAGUUGAGAUCUGCUGAUGGUUUAUAUGGUUUUACCACAGGAAUUAAGUCUUGCCAUUGCGUUGGGAACUGGUGUUUAGUCCAGGUGGUGUGAUAUAAUUUCAAUAAUUUAGUUAAGGCGAUCGGCGAUAGAUAUUUUAGAAAAAUAUAUGGUAUAUUAUAGGGCUCAACGUCAGAAUUUUGAAAACAAGGGAGAGCGUUCGAAAUUGAAAUUUAAUUUUUUAAUUGAUGGUGAAUUUUUCAUCACAUCCGUUGUAAUCAAACAGCAAUGUAUUACCUCAUUCUUUUACAAUAUCCAAAAUUAUUAAAAAGUUCAGUUAACAAUUCUAUUAGUGACAUCCACGUAUAAACAAGUCAAAUGAUUAUGCACAAUAUGAUGUGAAUGUUAUACCUACAUAUCGUAAUUUUGCUUAUGUCAUAUUGAGAAUGUAUCUGUCUGCUAGCAUUAAACUGAUGAAAUUUAUUUCUUGGAAGGAAAAUUCUGCGUUCUUAAUUUCAUUUCGGUAAUUUAUGUUAAAUAUAUAAAUUAAAAGAUAACAAUAAGCAGGUACACAAAUUAAGUCAAUAAUAGAAGAAGAAAAAUUGGGAAAAACAUGGAAAACAACAAGGAAUAAUAUAAUAAUAUUAUAGUAUAAUCUAAUCGUACAAAAGGUGUCCAAAUAUAUUGAAACAAAAGUUUAUAAAAAAAUAGUCCGAUCCGUACUUGCUUGACUUGGCUCAAAAACGAGAAUAAUUUAUAAGAUAUAUCCAUAAUAAGAUCACUAUUCAGAAAAUUGGGAAGUCAGGACAUUAACUAAAGAAUGCAAAACACAAAUAAAAUCCAAAGUUGAAACUGAUAGUAGAAAAUGUUAAGAGAAAGAGAAGAUGAUACGACAUACAACAAAUGGCUCUAACUAGAAGAGUGGAAUAGGUAUACAAGGAUAGAA